UGGAUUUGUAAUGUCCUUCUAUUUCUUUCCAGCUCACAAAUCUCAUUUUCUCACAUCAACAUCACAGUGGUAUUGCUACAGGUUUAUUUUAUAUCCUUAUAGGUCAAAAACAGACUUAAGAGUGCAACAUAAGGCAUGUCUGAACGCAUGGCUGGCCGACUUUCUCUCAGCUACAUGAUAAUAUCCUCAUAAGGCUCCUUUUGAUCCAUGUCUCAACUCCUCCUGCUGCUCUAGUCCUAAACAACCACACACAGUGACCCCCGGUGCUAAUAGAGCACUUCAAAGUAUGCUAAUAGACCCUCUCACUUUUGUCCACACACACACACACUCACACACACACACACACAGACCCUAAAAGGCCCCACCCACUCAGUCAAUGUCUUUAAACUCAAGGUUGAGCCAAGCCAGAGGCAUUUUGCCAUUGUUUUUACCUGAUGGUCAACUUACAACUGAGGUUCUGUGCAGACUUUUAAGAUUUUUUAUAGUUCUUCCCCCAACUGAUUUAUGGAGGUCUGCAGCUGAGGAUCAAUAUCAUAUAAAGAUAUUUUAACAGCCAGUGCACUGAACAUUCUUAAAAAUGGAGCAGAUUGCAGACUUGAGACAUUCAUCUACAGUGUCAGCAUUGCCCUCGAUGGCUCAUCCUGCUGAUUCCUACCAACAGGGGAAUAUGAGGAUGAAACUGGAAUAUUCAGAGCUCUGGAAAUCAUUUCAUGACAUUGGGACUGAAAUGGUUAUCACUAAAUCUGGCAGGAGGAUGUUUCCAUAUUGCAAUGUAAGUGUGUCUGGUCUUCUGCCAUAUGCCAAGUACUUCAUCAUGGUGGACAUGGUCCCAGUGGACAAUUCCAGGUACAAGUGGAAUAACGAUCAGUGGGAGGUGGCAGGAAAGGCAGAGCCGCAGCCUCCGUGUAGAACAUACAUACAUCCAGAUUCUCCUGGUUUGGGUAGUCAUUGGAUGAAGCAGCCCAUUUCUUUUCUCAAACUGAAGCUCACCAACAAUCCACUGGACCAGAGAGGCCAUAUCAUUCUGCAUUCGAUGCAUCGCUACCAGCCUCGCUUCCAUGUGGUGCAGGCUGAUGACCUUUAUAGCAUCCGAUGGAGCGUCUUCCAAACCUUCACAUUCCCUGAAACCACCUUCACAGCAGUCACGGUUUACCAGAACACCAAGAUCACAAAGCUGAAGAUAGACCAUAACCCCUUUGCAAAGGGAUUCAGAGAAGAAGGAACCCAUGGCAAAAGGAACAGAGCUCAAAAAAGUCAACUGUGUUCAGAGAAUUCAGCAAAAAAACUAAAGUCUUCAGAAAAGGAGCCAGAGCUCAGAUGUUUCCAAGAUGUACCAAGGCUUCCAUAUGACCCUCACAGAGAGGAUUCAGAAACCCUGACGCUUUCCAAAGAAGUACCGAUGGCCCAGGAUGAGCACAUGUCUCCAUGGGGAGGAGAGCAGGAACCUGGCCAAAAUCACAGUGAGGGAGCCAUGGACUACACAAACUCAGAGCAGCUUGUUCCAGGACAGGCCAACUACCAAUUGCACAGUCAGGAGUUUGGUAGGAUUUCCUCACUCACUUGCACAGAUUCCCAAACUGACUGCCAGGGAUAUGAUUCCCGAUCUACUGACAUGGCCACUGUUCCUGAUCAGGAGCUUUCAAGUCCUCAGUCUUCUAUGAGUCUGUGUUCUUCUCAGAGAAAAGCGCUAGAUUUUUCCAUGACCACCAGCAUUGGAGGGUGCUCCAAAUCCAGGUCAGGACUGCCACUGUACACUCAGUAUAACAUGGAGCAGCCUUUAGGUCAUAUAGCAGGGCAGUAUUCAAGCUCCACCUACCCUCAACCACACCCACAUCCACAUCACCUGAUGUCAGAGCGCAGCAUCCAUCCCUCUGGAUAUCACCACAACAACAUGGCAGAGUGGAGUCAGUACUCUCUCUUCUCCUACUCUUGCUGAGCAACUGGCCAGAAAAUAGAAAGACUAAACCAGCAGAAAGGCAUUAACAUGGCAAAUGAAUAGAUGGAGAAGAACUUUUUCUUCUCAUGCUUGAUCCAGUCAGCGAAAACAGACAAAUACAGAUUAUUACAUGGCAGAAUAAAGGCUUAGUUUAAUGGGCUGAAGCAUAAUGUGGCUAUGUGUGAUUUUAAACGAUUCAUGUAGAAUGAUUUGCUUUGUGUAUCUUAAUGGAAAUCUAAAUGCAUUAAACAAAGUGCAAUUGACAAAUUAAUGUUAAUACUGUAAAUUGAUACUGAUAUAUUUUACCAGCUGAAUAAUUAAAGUUCUUUAUCAGAUCUUAUGAUA